CCGGGCUCUUGCGUUUUGGGCUCCUUCUUGAGGAAAAAGGAAGUUGUAGAUCGAUGUCACUAGCUGGAACAAACCCAACUGGCCCCUGUCUCUGCCAUGAGAUGGCGUUGUGGCCUCAAGCUUCACUUCAAACUCCUCCCCUUCCCUCUAAAUGCCCCUGAUGGACAGUUAAAGCAGCCAAUCAGCAGUCAGGCCAUCUGUGUUAUGUGUGGAGAGCAGAGCGUGAUUCACCUAACAAGAAGAAUGAGUCCCCAGAUGAAUGAAAGACGAAUCAGAAGUGACAUCAUGGUUUUAACCCUGGAAUCCAACAUUAACCCUGAAAAGCCUGCCGAAACUCUUAUCAUCUAACAAUAAAGCUGGCUGUUCAGGAGUGGCCGUGUCUCGUCCCGAUGUUCUCCGUUAGCUAGUUUGCAUGAAGAGAUGUGGUUAACAAAUACAGAAAACCACACCGGGAGGGAGGAAAUGCUACAUGCAAAAUGUAUAUAUGCUGUAUCUGAUGAAAUGACACAAGUAUUUGGAAAGACUCAACGUCUCUUCACCAGCUCAUCAGAUGUUUUUGAGGAUCCUGGAGAUCCUGUCAGGCAUGAAGUGGAACAUCUGGGGUCUCCUGCUUAUAUCUCCUGGCCUCUUCUGCAUAUCUGCAAAGCAGACUAAGGCUGUGGAAACAGCCUGUGGAAAAAACCCUAACAAACCUGUUUGUGCUGGAGUUAAUGCCAUAAAAUGGUCCAAUUCAGGCAAUGGAAAGAAUUUGGAUGGCAUCGUCAUACUCGGUACAGAUGGUUUAAUGGGUUUCAUGGAAAAAGGUUAUUCCUCGACCUGUAAUGAUUCUCGAUUCUCAGCUGGGAUGAAACACAAAAUGACUGUUUUUUCAUUUCAAGAAAAUACAACCUCACCAUCUACAAGCAGCAGCGAUUUUGGUUUGUCUUUAUUUAAAGACUCUAAACACUCAACAUACAUACUCAACAUAAGCAGAUCGAUUACAUUAGAUCAAUGUAUAAUAGAAGGGGCCUGCAGAAAUGGCACUUGGACAAACUGGAUUCCAGAAGGUUUAAAUUGGACCCUUCCAAAAAACUUUACAGAUACAAAUUGUAGAAUGACCUGCCUGAAUCCCACAAACACGUGUGAGAUUGCAAAAUAUGAUUCCAGCUGUAGGGAUGAUAAUGCAGGCGAUGAAAGUAAAAUGAACACCAUUAAGAUCAGUAGUGGAAGUGCAAAUUGUAUUAAAUGCGGAAGUCCUUUUCAAAAGGUGGAAGAAAUCAAAGAUGUAGCAAUCUCAAAUAUAUUCAAUAAUACUCAUAAAGGAGAGACAGAUGCUGCAAAAGCUGUUGAGGCCAUGAACUAUCUCCCCAAUCUGCUGGCUCUCAUGGAGAACAUGACCACAGCAUCUAUUUCCUUGGGUGAAGUUAAAGGGGUUUUAAAGAAAAUUCAAAAUGUGUCUGAUAUCAAGAAGUCCGCUUUCAUCUACUCUGCAGAAACAGGCAUCAGAGUUAUAGAUGAUUUUUCCGUAUUGAAAGAUUAUCCCAACGCUCUCACUAUUCCAGAGGAAGCCACAAAACAAGCAUUCAACAAAAGUGCAGGAUAUGCUUUUCUGGGUGUGUUCAGAUUUCCCAACAUGUCAAAGGAUGAAAACAACAGUACGGUUUUGGGGAAUCAAGUUUUUGCAAUCGAAAUGGGGACACGAAUAUCAAAUCUGACUGAAAACAUCAGUUUGGCCUUUAGCAAUAAAGAGAACAUGAUUGGAACUCCUGCCUGUAACUCAUGGGAUGGAAGCGGAAAUAAGCCAAACUGGACAACUGAAGGGUGUACUACUGUUCCUAAUGGAAAGGAUAUAACAUGUAACUGCAACCACUUGACUUUCUUCGCUGUGCUUAUGGUUCAUCCAGUACCCAUUCCCGAAGCUGACCUUGUCGCUCUCACCUACAUCACGUACAUCGGCUGCGGCCUCUCCAUGUUUUUCCUGGGAGUCGGAUUUUUUAUUCACUUCCUCUUAAGGAAAGCGAAGGCCACUAAUUCAGCCCAUGUGCUGAUGAAUCUCUUUUUGGCGCUGUUUCUGCUCAACCUGGCCUUCCUGUCUAAUGAAUACAUUGCACGUGCGAAAAGCCCCGGCGCCUGCAGGGUCAUAGCUGGCUUCAUGCACUUUAGCCUGUUAGCCAGUUUCUCCUGGUUUGCGGUGGAGGCUUUACACCUGUGCCUGCAAAUGGCCAGACACUCAAUCGUCAUCAAACAUUACAUCCUCAAGCUCUCUGUGGCGGGGUGGGGUGAGUUCAAAAACCUUUACAAGUUCACUUUAAAGUUCAUUUAUUUCAGUAAUUCAACUUAAAAAGUAAAACAAAUGCAAAGUGAAAUAUU